UCUUCCUCUCACUCUGUCUCUCCCUCCCUCUCUUUCUCUCUCUCGCUUUGUCUCUCUCUUUCUCCCUCUCACCCCCCUCACCCUCUCUCUCUCUCUCUGUCCAUCGCUGGAUUUAUCCCUUCAUCCCUGAUCUCUCUUCAUCCGCUCCAAUCCUCAUCUGUUCCUCACAGGAGAGAGAGUGUGUGUGUGAGAGAGAGAGAGAGACAGAGAGAGCAAGAGGGUGGAAUAUCCAUUCUGUUUGUGACAGGAAAACUGAAUAAAAAAACUGAAAGUCUAGUAACAGAAGAGGGGUAAACAUAUGACAACCAAACGGAGGGACCCUGAAAAGUGAGAACAGGUUAAGAAACCCACUGGAGAACUUCCUUAUUUGGAUUACGUCUACUCACCUGAUUUCACUUCCUGUCUCCAUCGGUGACAACGCCUACCAACCGUUGCCAUGGGCGAAAUGGAGGAGCUGCGAAAGGAGGCGGACAACCUCAAAGAUCAGAUCACUGAGGCCCGAAAGGUAGUGCAGGACACCACCCUGCAGGAGGCAGUUGCUGGGACGACGCUGGUGGGGCGUGUCCAGCUGAAGACCAGGAAGACGCUGAGGGGUCACCUGGCCAAGAUCUAUGCCAUGCACUGGGGCACUGACACCAAUUGUAGCAAGCUGUGUGUCAGUGCCUCUCAAGAUGGAAAGCUGAUAGUGUGGGACACCCUGACCACCAAUAAGGUGAACGCCAUCCCUCUGAAGUCCUCGUGGGUGAUGACGUGUGCCUACGCGCCCUCAGGGAACAUGGUGGCGUGUGGCGGUCUCGACAACAUGUGCUCCAUCUACAACCUCAAGGGCAAGGACGGCAACGUCAAGGUCAUGCGUGAGCUGGCCGCACACACAGGUUACCUGUCCUGCUGUCGUUUCCUUAACGACAGUGAGAUCAUCACCAGCUCUGGCGACUGCACCUGUAUUCUAUGGGACAUUGAGACAGGGACAGAGAAGACCAUCUUCGCGGGCCACUUGGGUGACUGCAUGUCCCUGGCCGUGUCCCCCGACUUCAAGAUGUUCAUCUCGGGGGCGUGUGACUUCACAGCCAAGCUGUGGGACAUCAGAGAAGCCACCUGCAGACAGACGUUCAGCGGCCACGAGAGUGACAUCAACGCCAUCGGGUUCUUCCCCAAUGGUAAUGCGGUUAUAACGGGCUCAGACGAUGCCACCUGUAAGCUGUACGACCUGAGGGCAGACCAGGAGCUCAUCACCUACCAGGACUCAGGCAUCAUGUGUGGGGUGACCUCCCUCGCCGCGUCCCUCUCCGGCCGACUUCUCCUGGCCGGAUACGAUGACUUCAACGUCAACAUCUGGGACAUGCUUAAAGCCGAGAGAGUGGGAGUGCUGGCUGGUCAUGACAACAGGGUGAGCUGCAUCGGAGUAUCCUCGGAUGGAAUGGCAUGCUGCACAGGAUCCUGGGACAGUUUCCUGAAGAUAUGGAACUGAGCCAGUCCUCUAGAGAAUGAAAAACUAAGAGGAGAUAGAGGAAGGGUAUCAUGAAAAACUGGUAGAUUGAAGAGGGGGGGGGGGGGAAACAAAGGAAGCCAUGGGUUAAAGAGGUUAUUUUUUAUUGUGCCAAGUCUUAUUCGAUUUGAGAGGAUUAUGAUGAGAAAGGCUCGUCUCGUUCUACUUCUAACUCAAGUUUAGAGUUGGGCGGGUGGGGGACUUAUAGAAAAACAUGAUUGUUGUAUCAAUGAAUGAUUUGUCAAGGUUAAAAACGGAAUUCUAGCAUUAUAGGAAAUGCAGGAAAAUAUUAAUGUCAAAAGAGCAGUUGCCAAAAUGGAAACGGUAGAGACUUGGAUGAAAUAACAGGAUAAGAUGAAAAAAUAAAUGACCACUGAUAGACUGUAGGUUUACAAUAACUAGGUUACAUACUUUUAUAUUCAAGGAGAGUUAAAAUGUUUUGUCAGAGGAUGAAUGUGUAAACAUUAAAAUUUGUGUCGAACAGA